AUGCAAAGAAAUGUCAUAAUAUACAAAUACAAUGGCAGAAAGAAAGAUGAGCCUAAGCCCCUUUUGUAUGUCGCCGGCGGCUACUGUGGCUCCGGCCGCUGCUUCUUCCCCAAGAACGACGUUCUUCCCGGAGCCGAAGACGUAUGUCACCGAGAUACUCUCGCCGGAGAAUCCCUAAUCCCUGACUUCUCCGCCACUAAGAGGUACCGUAAAACCGUUGAUUAUUAUUCUUCCAUAUUCCAAGAAUUGGAAUUCGAAGGUUUCUUAUCGUACAAUUUUAAGGCUCUCUGUGUGGAAACCCAAGCCGGUGAGGACGUGGUGGCGCUUAGAGAGAUUGGCGUGUUUGAUUCUGUAGGAAUCUCCAAGAACCCCUCGCCGCCGUUGCUUUUCUCCGGCGAAGCCUAUCGCCAACCUUUCGAUGAUAACACCUUCGAUUUCGAGUUCGUUGGGAAAAAUCGUAUGGACUGGUCAGGUCGACCUGGGGAUUUCGCUUCCGAAGUUUGUCGGACUUUGAAACCGGGUGGGUUUUUUGUGGUUCACACAAUGGCUAAAGAUUUGUACAGCUUCAAUUCUUUUCUUGAUUUGUUCAACUGUUGCAGACUGAUUAGGGCUCGCAAAAUCGACGGCUUUGAUUCUUCAUCAGUUCGCGAGAUUGUGAUGAGGAAGGAGACUGCGUUUCUUGGCCAUGGAGAAGAAUUAUCAAUUGGGAAUAAUUGUUCAGUUCCUGCGUUGAUCCAGAAAGAGUCAUUAAAGCCUUGGGUUACAAUCUCUAUUUCCAAACCCUCAAUCCACUCAAAGAUCUAA